GAAUUUCAAAAAAAAAGAAAAAUAAAGUUUACUUGGGUGCAGAAUUUGUGCCCGGAGGUGGUUUCGAGGGUUUUAGCUUUCCCCUCCUUUCUUCCCUUCAACAUUUCCACUGAAAUCCUUAAACCCUAAACCCUACUCCAUGGCACGCCUAAUCCGACCUCUAAGAAGCUCCAUUUCUCGCCCCUCUUCUUCUUCCAAAAUCCUAAUUCCUCAAUUACCCAGUUCGCUUCUUGCACCAGAAAAACCAGUCUCCUUCAAAAAUCCUUUGCUUGUCAGAACUUACAUCUCUGAAAUGCGCAAAUCGGCUUUCGAAGGCAACAUGCUCAGACUCCUACGCAAUGAAAUCCAAUAUGAACUCGAUCGCUCUCCUCCAAAUGAGCCAGCUUCAGAAUUCAACUCAUUUACAGUUGACAACCGGUCUGGUGAACAAUGGAUAAGCAUGAAGAAAAAAUUUGGACAUAAUGAAGACAUAAAGAUUGAAGCCACCAUGUUUGAUGGAUCUGUUCCUGUUUCAAAACCUGGAGGUACUGGCAGUGGUGGUGGAGGUGGACAAGAUGUGCAACUUCACAUUUCUAUGAUUGUCAAUAUCUCGAAGGGGAAAGGUUGCAAGACAUUGGAGAUUAUGUGCUCGGUUUGGCCAGAUACCAUAGAGAUCAACAAGCUAUUUGUCCGAAAACCGGAGAACGUGUUUGCUCAGCCGUAUACGGGUCCUGAAUUCAAGGAACUUGAUGAUGAGUUACAAGACUCGCUUUACGAAUUCUUAGAAGCAAGGGGUAUAGGUGAUGAUCUUGCUAUUUUCUUGCACUCAUAUAUGAAGAAUAAAGAUAAAACUGAGUUCAUUAAUUGGAUGGGAACUGUGAAAUCAUAUAUUGAAAAGAAGAAGAGUUCUUGAUACUGCAACACUUUGACUGAAUUUUAUGUUAAGUAACUAUUUGUCUUGGCCUCUUGGGUAAUGAAAACUCUGCCUAGAUGCCAUAUUGGCAUUGUAUUUUCUCUUGUCCAGUUAUAUUUGAUUGAGAGAAGAAACUGCUUGAUUCUGUAAUUAAAGUAUGCAUUAAAACCGUUGAUGGAAUCAUUUAUUUAUGUUUUGAACUUCCAGCUAUCUAAAAGUGUGUCCUUGACCUCUUUAGGCAGGUUGCAUAAUAGAAGAGCGCCUUAAUUUUG